UGAUCGGCCCAGACAGCAGAGACCUGAAGCAGUGGCGAAUCGACAGAUGCCGGAGGGCAUGGCGGACAUGCCUGCAGGGCCCAGCCAUGCCGGCGCUGCAUGUGUGAUUGGGGGAGGGAACUGGCCGGUCGCUUGCCAAUCAGCCCAUCUCCCCGCUGUCGGCCUCGGGACAGCAUGCAUAUCGGAAAUAUUUGCCCGACAUACCACGAUGCAGCGAUAAUGGCUGGCGAAACCUGCCCAAGCACUGGGGCGAGCAGCAUCGAUUUCCAGCAGCCGCUCUCGACGUUGCUCUCACGACAUUCGUCGCUAGUCCUUUCUCCAACCUGCCGCAUCAAGGCUAACCUAGACCCAGACCCGGACAGCACCCCAAGCUCCAAACAAGCACAAUCCAUCCAGAUAACGAUGAACGGAAUCGUCGACAAGGAGGCAGCGCGCCGGCAGUGGCUUGCAGAUCUAGAACGGCAGUCCAACGAGCAGCGACAGCGAAAACUCGCCGAGAAGCUCGAGCGCCGCAACAUAACCGCAGUGCUGGCUGGCGUCCGGGACAGUGUCUCGCCGCUGGUCGAGGCCCAUAUCCAUGUCGUAUCGAACCCAUCUGCAUCCAGCCCUCCGACAGACUUUUUCUGGAGCAAGCGACGGUGGGGCGGGGGUGGUGAGCCUCGUGCAUAUUCCACCAAUAUCCAGCACGUCUGCAGCCCAAGUGCCGAGCAGCCAAGUGCCGCCGCAGAAGCGCCGCGGCCCAGCAUCAAUGCCAACGAUCGCACCGACCGUGAGAAAACAGCAAACGAGGAUCAAGUCCCGCCCAAAGCAGCAACCGAGGUGCCAGCCCCAUCCCCGCCCGCCAUGCCCCAGCAAAAUGUGUAUGGCCGAAAACGAAGUCUCUUUGCCGGAGAUGACCUUGACCACGAGAAACGGAGGAAGGAAGCGCUCGAGAUCCAGCGAUAUCGCGAGGCGCAGGUGGAAGAAAAGAGGAAGAAGCAAGAAGAAGAGCGACGGAAACUCAAGGAACAAGAGGGCCGGGAGGUGUUUCAAGGGGAAUCAGGACAAAAUCGACCUGAGCUCGGAGCGCAAGCAGGGUCAGAUCAGUCACUCGAGGCGCCUAUGGGCCUGCGAGACCCCGUCGAUACGAGGACGGAGGGGGCAAAGUCGGCCCAGGUUAUCCAAAGCAAAAUUCCAAGACCAGAGGCCAGCGCCGAGUCGAAUCUGUCGUGCCGCCCCCUCAGGGACCCUGUUGAGCCUUCCGAGACACCUCCAAAGUCGCAGGGCUCGCUUCCCGCCCCAAAGGGACCAAGUACGGCGGAUCACCAGAGCCACCACAACUCCCUGGAUGGACAUGGUCACGCCAGUGCCAAGGACGAUCAAAAACAAGGUAAAAGGAAAAAGCCAAAACAGGGGCUCUGCGUCACUCGGCCUGGUAUCAGUGGCGCAAAGCAUCACCAGAGCGGGACCAGAAAAGGGCAAACUGGUGCAAGCUCCGGCCCGUCAAGCCGUUCGACUGUCCGCACAAUAAAGGACAAAGUAACUCCGGAUCGACCUCAAGCGAGGCCGAGCCAGGCCGCAAACAGCAACGAUACUACUCCAUCUCAACAACACAGUGCCCACGAAGCACUUUCCCUUGUCCAGAAGCGCCAUCAGAACACAGAAAGCAAGAUCCGGUUGCAUGGUAUCCAAAAUCAAGACCACAGCGACGCACUGGAUGAUGCUCCUAACGAAAGCGUCCACAAGACACAAACACCAACGAAAGUGAAACGAGCACUCAGCCAGAUUCCAAAGUUGCGAACAUUUAAGCCGGUGCCAGGCACAGCUGGCCGCACAAGCAACGAGAGAAGCAGCGGGAAUCCUGAGCGCACCUCCAUCCAGGUCGUUGAAAUGCCACAAGCGCCGCCAAGCCAGCAUACAAGUGACCUGGGGCACGACAGCGACGAAAACGCCCAUGAAUCAAUCGAACACAGUGGCCCGACGACUCGGGUAUCAGAUGCCGCCUCUCAAAGCGCACAGGCAUUUACAAAGAACAAAAAGCCUCUUCAGCCCAUCGAACCACGCUCAGAGAGAUCGCCGCCGCUGGAAAGCCGCCUCCUGGCGGGUUCGUGCGGCAACACAUCACACGAAGCGAUUGCUCAGCGAGAUCUGGAUAGCAACGAUCCGAUGCAAUCCACUCCCAUCGAGCCUCUUCCCCGCAUAUGCGCCGAUGCAGAAGUGCCGAGCGCUCAUCACACAUUGCGCUCUGCCGAUCCUUCGGAGUUGCUCGAGUGUGGCACUGGAUCUAGCACCGGGAUCGAUCAUCGCCCCGAAAUGGCCGUUGGUGAACAACAUGGAGCGUGCUCCCGGAGGCGACAAAGACACAAACGCACACCGAUGGCAUUGCCUCCAAAUCCUCCUUACUCCGGCGAAGGGACUUGCGGCGGGCCCAUCCCCAGCCAGCCGGCUCCAGACAUCCCAUCCUGGCCACACGGAUAUGCCGACUCGCUGCCCAGCCCUGAGCUCAUGAAAGAAUCAUAUCAGGACCUCUACGAUGGAUCACAAAGACUCGCAUCGCAGAACACAAGUCCGACGCAUCCAACCUCGCACAUGGACGAAAAGCAGGUACUCCUGACGGCGCUGUUGAGCUUUGGACAGAGACUCAAGAGGGAGGACCAUCGGCUCUACGAAUGAGCAGAUACACAUGUGGAAUGUACCGGAUGUAUAGAGGCGCAGAUGUGUGCAUGGCGGCUGCAUGCGAUUCGUUACAAGCAGCCACCUGAGAUCGAGUUGGCGCUGCAACAUCAAGCUUGCCCAAUGCAUUGAAAUAUACAUUGAUCAAACUCUCC